CCUUUCAGUAGCGACGGAGCUCUCGCGCUUUAAUGAUGUACAGAAAUCUUACGCAGAAGUCUAACGUCGUCGCGUCUACCUACGGUUAUGAGAAAGACAUACAGUUGAGCAUUCAGUUGAAUCGUUGGAUACUAAAACCGAUCGGUGUCUGGCCAAAAUCAGCAAAAACCUCAUGGAUAGAAAAAUACGGUUAUAUGCUAAUAAACGUGAUGUGCACUAGUCUUAUUGGCUUCCUGUUUAUACCUUGCGCCGUCUACAUAACGCUCGAGGUAGAGGACACAUAUAAUACCUUGAAGCUCUCCGGACCACUAAGUUUCUGUCUGAUGGCCGUCAUUAAAUAUUCCUCUCUGAUCUUCCGCGAGAACGAUAUCCGCAGAGGUAUCGAAUACAUUAAAAAUGAUUGGAUGAAUACACGAUAUUAUGAAGAUCGUAUUAUCAUGAUCAGAAACGCGAAGUUUGGCCGUCGUCUCGUGGUGUUAUGCGCGUUCUUUAUGUAUGGUGGUGCUGUAUUUUAUUAUCUUGCAAUGCCAUUCAGCAAUGGCAAAGUCACGGAGAGUGAUAGUAAUUUGACAUAUCAGCCUCUGGUGUAUCCAGUCGCCAGAGUAAUCGUUGAUGCGCGAUACAGUCCCGUCAGUGAGAUUUUCUUCUGGGUGCAAUGUUUGUCAGGCUUUAUUGCGCAUUCCAUCACUGCCGGUGCUUGCAGUGUAGCCGCCGUAUUCGCGAUGCAUGCUUACGGUCGCAUGGAGGUUCUGAUGCAAUGGAUCGAGCAUUUAGUGGACGGAAGGGAAGAUCUUCGCGGAAACUUAGACGACAGAUUAUCGAUGAUUGUGCAACAGCAUGUUCGGAUCUUACAUUUUAUAUCUCUAACAGAGAAAAUAUUACGUGAAAUAUCUGUCGUGGAAAUCACGGGAUGUACAUUAAACAUGUGCUUUCUUGGAUAUUAUGUUAUUACGGAAUGGAAUAAUAAAGAACCUGCACGUUAUAUUACAUAUAUUGUUCUGCUCAUAUCUCUUACAUUUAAUAUUUUCAUAUUUUGUUAUAUUGGCGAACUUAUCGCUGAACAGUGUAAAAAGAUCAGCGAGAUCUCAUACAUGAUCGAUUGGUAUCGUCUACCAAAAAGAAAAGGUCUCGCCCUUGUGUUAAUCAUCGCUAUGUCUAAUUCGUCUGUCAAAUUUACUGCUGGAAAUUUCUUCGAGUUGUCUCUUAGUAGCUUCGGUGACGUGGUUAAGACAUCUGUCGCCUAUUUGAACAUGUUACGUACAUUAACUUCGUAAAAUCUAUAUGU